AUGGAUCUCCCAACAGGAACAGAUCGAUUGAAAAUAGCCGCCUUCCUUGACACUGUUCGAUUCCCUUGGGCGGAAGAGCUGAUUGAUUUCACGGUUCGGCUAAUCAACGAUGGAUGGCAAGGUGACAUUCUGGGCGGUGUACCACUGGAGUACAGCAUCUCAAACUCCGAUUGUGACCGCGGCGUCGCUGUUAGGGCUUUUCUCAAAACUAUUAGCCAACACGGCUUGCCGAAUGCGAUUUUGGGUACUCGCUGCACAGCCCCCACCAUGGCCAUCGCAACAUUGGCUGCGGCGGAAAAUGUGGCUCUCUUGUCGCCUGCGGCCACAGGCCCCAUGCUGAGCAACAAGGGCGAUUACCCCACCUCCAACCGGCUGGUGGCUGGUGAUACUGCUUCCGGUCAAGUCGGUGCUUUGGUGUCGCUGUUGCAAGAGUUUGGUUGGGAUCGAAUCUCAAUCAUCAACACCAAUACCCAAUAUGCCCAAGAAUUCAAAGUUGAGUUGACCCGAGCUUGGCGUGGAAUGCAGGAUGGCUUCACUGGUGAAAUUGGCUACGAGGGAACCGUGCAAGUCGACCAAGAUACCGAUGAAGUGGACCCGGAUUCUGUGAAAGCUAUCUUGAGCAAUGUACCCGUCAAAAAUCCCUCUCUCAAUUCCAGGGUCGUUGUUCUUCUGGCCCAUCACCAGCAUGCAUUCCCAAUCCUCAAGAUUGCCAAGCAGGAAGGAUUCCAACCAGACACUGUAUUCGUUGGUUGUGAUGCGUGGACUGGGAGAGCACCUUUGGACCCGGAGCUGUCGUGGAUGGGCGAACACCCAGGAUACGUUGGGCUUGUUCCUUACCGUAACUUUUCCGGCGCUGUAUACAAGGAUUUCUUGGGAAGAUUGCAGGACGAGCAAAAGCGUGAGGGUCGGCCUGUGAUGACAAAUCUUCCGGAUAGUGCAGCGGAUAGAACGGUCGAUUCCGUGCUGGCACUUGCCAAGGCUUUGGCAAGAGUCUCCCCAGAGCAUCGUUUCAAUGGCACGGCAGUCGUUGACGCUUUGAGAAGCCACAGCUUUGAAGGUGUAAGUGGCUCGGUGGAAUUCGACGGGAAUGGGGAUCGGGCCAAUCCGAGAUACACUGUCAUGUCUUUUCCCCACAAAGGAGGCGGAUUCAUUCCAAUUGGGACUGCUGCCCCUGGAUUUGUCGAUAUUGACUUGGGCAAAGUCUGUUAUGCUGAGGUUGGGUGCGGUGUGGUUCCUCCGUCGGCCACAGACCCAGUGGUUCCCUGGCGUUUGAUCGGUCUCGCGAUACUUGGUGCUCUCUUGGCUAUAUUGUUUCCUCUCGCCUGCUACCUCUACAAAAAGCACUUGCCAAUCAAGCGGAGGCUAAAACUUCUCGAGGAAGAAAUCGAAGCUAUGGACUCCAACGAAGGAGCCAGAAGGAGAAGAAAAGGAUCCCUUUACAAGGAAAUCGCAAGGCUUUUGGAGCAACCCAGGCCCGCGACCUGGACCGACGCUGAGGGUUUGGUUGCCAUUUCUCACACGGAUGCGGAGUAUUGGGAAGUGUUCAAGAAGAUGCGAGAGACCACGAGCGAAGAUGUCUGGAUUUCCAAGCUCUUUCGAUUGCAGAAUGAUGGUCUGUGGAGCUACUGGGUAUUCAGGAAGAACCAACUCGCGAGCAAGUAUGGUUUUGAUUUCAACGACAAAGCCGCUCUAAACGAACAGGUAGUGUGGCACGGAACUUCGUCGUUGAACCCUGACGUUAUCACAAGCGACAGCCAUGAUGGUUUUAUGAUGAAUUAUGCCGCCGCGGGGCAUUUUGGGCGUGGCUUGUACUUCGCCGAGAGAUUUGAGUAUUCGGAUUGUUACAGUUAUCGCGUCAACAACCAAAGUGCAAUGAGCGCAGAGGGGAUCACAAUACAGGAUGGCGAUGACAGAGAAAUCUUUCUGGUCAACCUUUUGGUUGGCCAGGCCAUAGAAAUGAAUCGAGAAGAAAACGAAGAGGAGUGCCGUGCUCUGGUGGCACCCCCUUGCAAUCCCAACACUGAUGGGUUGCGAUACGACACCGUUUCUGGAGUGGCCCCAUGUGGCACCAAGAUCCACACCGUCUACGAGAACGGUAGAGCUUACCCAUCGUACCUCAUUCGAUACUACAAAGGCCCGCGCGAUCCUUCUCGCACUCCCUUUGAAAGCCAAGAAGAAGCCCAAAAGGAGACUCUGGAUGUAACCAGUAGGACCGAGUCGAGCGAAGGGGAUAGCGAUGAGAACAACCAGCCUGGCAGCGACGGAUGGAGCUUGCGUGGGCUGUGGAACAGCCUUCGUAGCAGCCAAAACAGUACAGCUGGGCCUGACGCUGCACUCGAUGGCGCUCCCAGGGAUGAGAACAUAGAGGGUACAGGCGGGGAUGGGCAAACCGGAACCCUGCAGGCUACUACCGCCGGCACUGAAGAGGGACAAGUCAAGGCACUGUGGUUUUAUCACGACGAUGUGGGUCAGUCGGUGCCUUAUAGCGGCGGACUUCAGGCAGAAAUCGAAGCCGCCUAUCAACGAGACCCCCAGGGAAGUUUGACAAUCGCAUACGGCACAUGGGCGUACCUUGUGGACUUUGGGACGAGGACCCAAACUAACCGCGACCACCCCGGUCAUCGGCAACGAAGAAUCAGUCGUAUGGAUCUCCCUUAG